CUACGGCUUUUGUCAGUCAGUGCUCUAAAGCCGGCCGGCAGCGCCUGUGGCGGCUCCUCCAGCCCGGCUCCUCCUCGGGCGGCGUGUCCACUCCGGCUCCAGCAGCCACCGAGCUCAGCGGGGCCCGUCUCUGAGGAGGAGGCACGGGACUAGGGGGCCGACCGGCUGCCGGGCGAGGCGCUGAACCAUGGCGGGCGCUGACUGAGUUUCAAUGCAACAUCAUACAACUGCAGAGGACAGAAAACUUGCCUUGAUCUAUCAAGACUUUGCUUUUCUGAAGCACGUCUUUAGGCGCACAGUUGAAAGAAUUUGAACAAAGCUGAUAUUUCUUAGUUGUCCAUUUUGUUGCACUUACACUCUUAGAAACAAUGAACAGCUUCAGCAAUGAGGAGUUUGACUUCACCUUCCUUGAUGAAGGCUUUACUGCCAAGGAUAUUCUAGACCAAAAAAUAAAUGAAGUUUCUUCCUCUGAUGAUAAAGAUGCUUUCUAUGUUGCUGACCUUGGGGAUGUCCUAAAGAAGCAUUUCCGAUGGUACAAAGCACUCCCUCGAGUAACACCCUUCUAUGCCGUCAAAUGUAAUGACAGUAAAGCUAUAGUGAAGACACUUGCUGCCCUUGGUGCAGGGUUUGAUUGUGCUAGUAAGACUGAAAUCCAGUUGGUACAGAACAUUGGUGUACCUCCAGAGCGAAUAAUAUAUGCAAAUCCUUGCAAACAAAUCUCUCAAAUUAAACAUGCUGCCAACAGUGGUGUGCAGAUGAUGACUUUUGAUAGUGAAGUAGAGCUAAUGAAAGUUGCAAGAGCUCAUCCAAAGGCAAAGCUAGUCUUGCGCAUCGCAACUGAUGACUCCAAAGCAGUUUGUCGCCUGAGUGUUAAAUUUGGAGCUACCCUCAAAACUAGCAGACUUCUUCUGGAGCGGGCAAAAGAACUUGACCUUGACAUUAUUGGAGUCAGUUUCCAUGUUGGAAGUGGCUGUACUGACCCAGAGACGUUUGUUCAAGCUAUUUCUGAUGCCCGUUGUGUCUUCGAUAUGGGAACAGAGCUUGGUUUCAGUAUGCAUCUGCUUGAUAUUGGUGGUGGCUUCCCUGGUUCCGAAGAUGUCAAGCUUAAAUUUGAAGAGAUCACAAGUGUAAUCAAUCCAGCAUUGGACAAAUACUUUCCUUGUGAUUCUGGAAUAAGAAUUAUUGCAGAGCCUGGCAGAUACUAUGUUGCAUCAGCUUUCACACUGGCCGUUAACAUAAUUGCAAAAAAAGUUGUAUUAAAGGAGCAGUCAGGUUCUGAUGAUGAGGAUGAUAUUAAUGGCAAAACUCUUAUGUACUAUGUGAAUGAUGGAGUGUAUGGAUCAUUCAAUUGCAUCCUAUAUGAUCAUGCACAUGUUAAGCCAGUCUUGCAAAAGAGACCUAAACCAGAUGAGGGCUGUUAUUCCUGUAGCAUUUGGGGACCAACAUGUGAUGGCCUGGAUCGUAUUGUUGAGCGCUUUGAUAUGCCAGAGCUGCAAGUUGGUGAUUGGAUGCUAUUUGAAAAUAUGGGUGCCUACACAGUUGCAGCUGCUUCCACUUUCAAUGGAUUCCAGCGGCCAGCAAUAAAUUAUGUGAUGUCAAGGCCAGCAUGGCAACUAAUGCAACAGAUUAAGGAGCAAGGUUUCCUAGCUGAAGAAGAGGAGCAGGAUGUCAGUACUUUGCCACUGUCUUGUGCCUGGGAAAGUGGAAUUGAACAUCAUCCGGCAACUUGUGCUUCAACUAGUAUUAAUGUAUAGAUAUUGUUUAAUUGCAAGUUUAUUAAUUGAAUCUCUAGGGCAUUUUGGGGACCAUUAACUUAAGUCUUGCUAGAAUUUUUAAAUGUUUUUUGUUUAAGUCUAGGGUCAGCAUAAAUGCAACAAAAUGGAUGACUAGGAGAUGGGGGUCACAUUAUCUGUGUUCCUAUGGAAACUAUUUGAAUAUUUUAUAUGGAUUUUUACUCACUUUCAAGUAUGCUACUAAAGAUUAACCCUUGACUGUCAGACAAGCAUUUGUAGCUUGUAUAUUGGCAGAAUGGGCUGAGCUUAGUGUUGUGACCUAACUGUUUUAAAAUAAAGUAUUGAAAUAACUGGC